GCGUUGGUUUCUGUAUCUCACGCGCUAUCUCCGCCCUCCCGGGACACACUUCCACGUUUACCGACCACCUUUUUUUUUCUCACGCAUUAGCCGUCAAGUCAAAACAGGUGCGACGGACUAAAAACAAAAGAGCGCAAAGGACACCGCGUUAAUGUAGCACCGGACCCCCCCGUAGUGAAGGUGUGGAUUACGGGGACGUCGUUGCGCCGCGCGGGGUGAAGUACACCAGCUCUCCAAGAUCAAGAGCUCCGGCGAAGAAGCGAGCACGUCAAAAAAAACGUGCACGAAUCCGAUGCCGUCGGAAUACCGACUGUAAAUACCUCUCGGAUGUUUUUGCGGUUAGGGUUUUGUCUUUAGUGCGCUCAUUUUUUUUUGCAUUAUUGGUUUGUACGCUGCUCCGAGUUGGCGCACAGCAUCGCUUUGAUCAUCAUCAUCAUCAUCAUCACCAUCAUCAUAUUGACAUCGGUAACCUGCGGGGAUUUAUGUGCAGUGGUCGUAACCAUGCAGAACCUGUGUUUGGUCGUCAAUCCCCGCUGUGUUUUGAAUUGUUAAUAUAGGCUAAGUGGUAAAUGAAGAACUAAUUGGCUCCGUGGAUCUAAACGCGCUAAUAAGAGUCCUUAUCAUCGCCGCACCAUACAGCAACGCGGGGGGGAGAGGGGGGGGGGGCGCUGUUUGAAUUCCCACGUGCCCCGAACAAACAACUAAGAUGACAAAAACCGCCUUCAGAGGCGAUUCUCUUCAUUGCCGAGGAAGCCGCACUGAGACCACGUCUCAGUUCCUGGAUUGCGACCGAGCUGCAGGAGAGGACGAGCAGAGCAGCGCCGCCGAGCUGCACAACGGGGCCCCCCGCUGAUCGGCGAGCUUUGGCUUCCGUGAUGGACUGAGCUGGAGGUUGACGGGACCUCCCCCCUCCUCCUCCUCCUCCGGACUCCCCGCCUCCCCCCCCCCCUCUCCCCACAUCACUGUGACAGCUUCACGGUUCCCCUCCACGGCGUUCGCACUUCACGAAAGGCACGUAUGGACAGACCGCAGCGUAGGCCUGCACCAACUGACUCUACCAAGUAGAUCUGGAACCUCAGCCCCUUCCCAAGUGCCCUGGAAACACGCCGGAUUGUGUCUGCAACCUCAGAUGUAACUAAGCUGUCAAGAUUUCUUCUCCUGGAAGUCCUGUUUUUUUGGCUGCAUGGACACAUCUUCAAAGACGUGGCUGCCGCAUCACAGUCAGUUUGGGUUGGUUGGUCAAGCGGAGGUUUGCUGCGGCGGACCUGGAGUUUUAACCCCAAACCAAUCCCGCAGGGCAAGUUUUGCCUCUGUAAGACAGUCGAGCAUGGAGACUCCUCCCAAUGCCACUCCGCAGCCCUUCAGACAGCCGAAACUUCAGAGUUUUCUCAAUCGACGGCUGAAGGGCUCCAUCAAGAGGGCCAAAAGUCAGCCCAAACUGGACCGGACCAGCAGCUUCAGGCAAAUGAUUUUGCCCCGGUUUCGAAGUGCUGACCAAGAGAGGACCCGCUUGAUGCAGAGCUUCAAGGAAUCCCACUCCCACGAAUCCCUACUUUCUCCCAGCAGUGCUGCGGAGGCUUUGGACCUAGUUUUGGACGAAGAUGCGAUAAUCAAACCUGUCCACUCGAGCAUUUUAGGACAAGAGUACUGCUUUGAGGUGACCACCAAUUCAGGGACAAAAUGUUUUGCCUGCCGUUCUGCUUCUGAAAGAGACAAGUGGAUUGAAAACCUACAACGAGCUGUCAAACCUAACAAGGUAGAGAACCCCUCGUUUCCCUCCCAGGACAACAGCAGACGGGUGGACAAUGUGCUCAAGUUGUGGAUCAUUGAAGCUCGAGACCUACCGGCUAAGAAACGCUAUUAUUGUGAACUGUGUCUGGACGACAUGCUGUACGCGCGCACCACCAGCAAACCCCGGACCGACACCGUGUUCUGGGGCGAGCAUUUUGAAUUCAACAACUUGCCUACCAUUCGUAGCCUUCGUUUGCACCUCUACAAGGAAACUGACAAAAAAAGACGAAAGGAGAAAAGCACAUACCUUGGCCUUGUCAGCAUCCCCAUCUCAAGCAUCACGGGCCGGCAAUUUGUAGAGCAGUGGUACCCGGUGAUUCAGUCCAGUGUCUUGGCCAAAAGCGGCGGUGUUGGAAGUACCAAAGUGAUCAACGCCUCACUGCGGAUCAAGUCCCGUUACCAGACCAUGAACAUCCUUCCCAUGGAGCUGUACAAGGAGUUUGCCGAGUACAUUACCAACAACUAUAGAACACUGUGUGCCGUUCUGGAGCCGCUGUUGAGCGUGAAAAGCAAGGAGGAGGUGGCGUUCGCUCUGGUGCACAUCUUGCAAAGCACAGGAAAGACAAAGGAGUUCCUGUCGGACAUGGCGAUGUGUGAGGUGGAUCGGUUCAUGGACCGCGAACACUUGAUCUUUCGCGAGAACACGCUGGCUACAAAGGCUGUGGAAGAGUACCUCAAACUGAUCGGUCACAGAUACCUCAAGGAUGCUAUAGGUGACUUCAUUCGAGCCUUAUACGAGUCCGAGGAGAACUGUGAGGUGGAUCCCAUGCGGGUCCCGCCGUCAGUCCUCGCCGACCAUCAAGCUAACCUUCGAAUGUGUUGUGAGCUGCUACUCUGCAAGAUCAUCAACUCUCUCUGCAUAUUUCCCAGAGAGCUGAAGGAGGUUUUUGCCUCUUGGAGAGCCAGAUGUGCCGAGCGCGGAAGAGAGGAUCUUGCCGACAGCCUCAUCAGCUCCUCCCUAUUCCUUCGCUUCAUGUGCCCGGCCAUCAUGUCCCCCUCCCUGUUCAACCUAAUGCAGGAGUACCCCGCAGAGCGCACGUCCCGCACACUCACGCUCAUCGCUAAGGUGAUGCAGAACCUGGCCAGCUUCAGCAAAUUUGGACCCAAGGAGGAAUACAUGUAUUUCAUGAACGAGUUUCUGGAAAUGGAGUGGGGCUCCAUGCAGCAGUUUCUCUAUGAGAUUUCCAACAUGGAAGCCGGAGGAAACGCUGGAGGCUUUGAGGGCUACAUUGACCUCGGGAGAGAGUUGUCCAUGCUACACAGCCUGCUUUGGGAAGUCAUGGGCCAGCUUAGCAAGGACGCCAUUCUAAAACUGGGACCCCUGCCAAGGCUUCUGAAUGACAUCAGCGUCGCCCUGAGGAACCCGCAGCUCCACAUGCCUACAAAUCACCAGCCGGACCGACCGAAGGACCGACUCUUCUCGCGCCCAUCUUUCAAUCGUCUCAUGUCCUCUGACUUCCAAAGCCUUAUGAUGCGUGACUUAAACAGUUCAAUAGACAUCUCUCGCCUGCCAUCCCCUACGACGGGAGUCUCCGCUGUAGAAUCCCUCUCAUCCAACCUGAACAUGAGGCGUCAUGCAGAACGAGACCUGCGCUCGUCGAGGGAAGUGUUCUACGUGACUCGCCCGCCGCUGGCUCGUUCCAGCCCCGCGUACUGCACAAGCAGCUCCGACAUCACUGAACCUGAUCCAAAGGUCCACAGUGUGAAUAAAAGUGUGUCCAUGAUGGACCUUCAGGACUCCCGCAUGAACAGCAUCUCCAACCUCAACUCUGUGGGCGACAUGCUCACCUCCUCUCAAGCCUCCAUCGCCGGCCUGGGCCACAGCUUCGGAAACCUCUGUGGUCCUCUUCGCGUGGGGGGCCAUAUGCCAGCGGGCUCUUCUGGGUCUGGUUUGAGGCUGAGCCAGAUGGGCCACAUAGGGGGGCCCACCGAAUCCAUCUCUCAACAGCAGCAGCAGGCGGCAGCCGCCAUGCACUUCCCCCUGUCAUUCCAGAACCCGCUAUUCCAUCUGGCUGCCCAGAACUCCCCGGCUCAGCCUCACCCCCACCCCCCCCCUCUCCUCCUCGCCCCAGAGCCAGAGAACGGCCACCACGACUAUGCACCGACCUUUGGCAACAGCGCUUUCUCCCGCAGCGAGGACUUGUCCGCCCUGCGGUCGCAAAGCAGCCUGGUGCAGCCCAGCAUUGUCCACUCACACAGUUACAGUGAUGAUUUCACGCGGCAGAACCAGAGCAACGACUUCGCCUGGCACCAGCUGUCCCUGCAGGUGCAGGAAUCUCUUCAGCAACAGCACCUGAUGGGAAUUGUGUCUCAGUCAGGCACUGGGACGGGCACCCCCGCCUCCUUGGCCACACCACCCACUACAGUUCACCAUGUACGCCAGUCGUCCAUGGCUCAGCCCCAGCACUUGAAGUCACAACGGUCUAUUAACAUUCCAGCCACUGGCACACCUCCAAAAGUUCGCCCGCAAAGCAGGAACCUCCUCCUUGACUCUGACACAAACUUCAGCGGCAGUCAGCCAAAAUCGCGCCAUUCUCAGCAUCAGCAGCAACAUCUGCAUCAGCAACAUUCGCAGCAACAUUCGCAGCAACAUUCGCAACAGCAACAUCCGCAGCAUCAACAGCAACUUACGCAGCAACAUUCACAACAGCAACAUCCGCAGCAUCAACAGCAACUUACGCAGCAACAUUCACAACAGCAACAUCCGCAGCAUCAACAGCAACUUACGCAGCAACAUUCACAACAGCAACAUCCGCAGCAUCAACAGCAACUUACGCAGCAACAUUCACAACAGCAACAUCCACAACAGCAACAUCCGCAGCAUCAACCGCAACUUCCGCAGCAACAACAAGAAGCGCAGCUGUCGGUGACAGACAGUCCGGCUCCCGGACUCCCGUACCAGACGAGCUCCGCCAAAGAGAACCAGGGCCCUCCAGCAGCCGCAGAGGAGUCAACUGACACACCCACAAAAAGCAACAAGAAGUCUCUACAGACACAACUGCAGCCGCCACAGCAGCAUCUGCUCAAACCAGGCAAUAAACAGGGUUCUCAGUCAACCUUGAACACCCCGGCCCUCAAUGAACGUACGGUCGCUUGGGUGUCCAACAUGCCACAUCUCUCUGCUGACAUCGAGAGCCUGAGGCCAGACCGUGAGGGUCAGCUGAAAGAGUACUCCAAGAGCAUGGAUGAGUCGCGACUAGAAAGGGUCAAAGAGUACGAAGAUGAGAUCCAUUUAUUAAAGGAGCGUCUGAAGAUGUCUCAUCGCAAGCUUGAAGAAUACGAGCACAGAAUGGUGUCGCAAGAACAGCAGACAAGCAAGAUCCUGAUGCAGUACCAGAACCGCCUGGAGGACAGUGAGCGCCGCCUGAAGCAGCAGCAAGUGGAGAAGGACUCUCAAAUCAAAGGCAUCAUCAACAGACUCAUGGCUGUGGAAGAUGAGCUGAGAGUGGGUGCCAUUCCUGAUAUUAAGCCCCGAAUCCUCACAGACCAGUCCAUUAACCAGGGUUAUGGCCAUCCAGGAUCCUGACUGCCAAUACCAAAGUGACCAGAGCUCAUGAAGGUCACUCAAGUGUAAGAAGAUUCAGAGGCUACAAAAACACCUAAAGAGAAGCUCUGCAGUGGAUCUACCAGAACCACCGGAGGCUUCAUCUCACAGCCUCCUUCAAACAAACUUUGCCUGUACCAGAACUUGACAAUCAGUUUAGCGCGAGGACCAACGUGUGCAGUGAGUUGCCAGCACAAAAUGACUGAAAUAUAAGCCAGUGCCACAACAAUGGCAAUACUCUACCUAAUGCGUUUCUUUAUGUGAUAGGAAAAAGCAGAGAGAAAAUGUAAAGCGGUGGGGAUGAAUAUGGAGGAUUGUCCCCGGCACGAGCAGCACACUUGCUUCUCACCUCAGUGGCUGCAGACAAAAUUUAGACGCUUUAAAAAGCACAAUAUCCCAUCGUGGUGACGGGCGACAAGCUUGUUGUUAAAAUCAGUGGAUCAGACGCCAUCUGCGAUCCUCAGAGGAAGGGCCCAGCCAAUCAAAAUCACUUAGUAACAUUCUCAAUACAAAACUUUUCACUGACACGGUGCUUCUCAUUAUGAUUUUGCAUUCUUUCUAGUACAGCAAUGGAUAUGAAUAGAUGCUAAAUGUAUCUUACAAUCAACUGACUGCUUUAAAUACAAUCUAAACCUUCUUGUUGGUAACAUUUUCCUUUGGCACUAUAAAGACUAAAGACUAUACAUGACAUCACAAAAAAGUGAUACAAAGUGCUUCACAAAAGAUCUGACAUGAAAGAAAAAUAGACUGAAAAUGUAUAAAUUCACUGAUUUUAGAAGUCUCGACCAAUUUUAGUUUAGUAGUUUUAUAAUAUCUAAUGUGUCUCUGGAGGAGCUUUGUCAACUCUGAUGCUGCGUUCACAGCAAAAGCGAAGCAAAUUUUUACCUGCAUGAGUUUACUAUUGGUGGUAAAUUUGCGGCGGUGAACCAACGGCGGUGCGGAGCAUCGCAGCAUUAAUUGGAAAGUGGCAAAUUUCGUGCAAAAAAAAAAAAAAAAACUUGUGCAAAUGACGCGAAUUGUUCGUGCCGCAUCAUUCAGGCCGCGUUGAAAAGCGGCGCCAUUGGCAACCAUUCAUGUCUUCGCAUCUUGCAUGAAAUCUACUCAUUGGAAGAAUUUGCUUCGCUUUUAGUUUGAAUGCAGCAUAAGACUCUCAGCUUGAGCUUGGACACAUAAGAGACACAACAUUAUUAGGUUAAAAAUGUACAAACUGAGGUUUAUGUGCAUUGACGCUACAAGUGCUAUUAUGGGAAAUAGAGGUCCUUUCACUAAAGGGAUGUUCAAUACUACUUCACUGGAGUCGUCCCUCCCACUUUUAGAGAAAACCUAUACAUCAUCUAUUUAACAUUGUCUUUAGAGAAGAUUUGUUAAAACUCUGAUCAUAUUGACAGUGGCAGUUUCUCAAGCAGCGAUAGAAGGCCUCUAUUUGAUCUGUAAAGCCUCAAAAGUAAAAUAACAACCCGAGAAAGAAAUCAUGUCUGCCAUUUUCACUAUUAAUCUUUUCAGCCUCUUCAUGUACAGCACUUUGUAACAAUGCCUUGCCUGUUUGAAUAUUUUUUUAAUAACUAUGAAUAUAAACAUUACGUGCAGCUGGAAACAAAUCAUAUUAUAGCAAGUUGUGAAUUACUCAUUGGUUGUGUUUAAUGUUUCUGAAGCGUAGAUGUGCAAUGGUUCUGCAUGUGCUUUUUAAAUGCCAGGAAGAGUCAGUUGAUUUGUGGUCAUUAUUAUAGUGUACAAAAAAAAAAGAGAACCUUUUACAUGGAUUUCUUAUUGGGAGGCAUCUUUUUAUAUCAAACCUGCUUUUUUUUCAAAAAGAGACCAGUGUUGAACCUUUUGCAUUAUAUAACAUCAAACUACUGCGAGAAAAGACUGUAAAACUAAAAGGAGGAGCGACUGAAAACAAAAACAACAAAGUCCUGUCCAAGCAGGGACAUGUAGUAUAUGUGCAUACAAUUUGACUGCCUCACAGUCUGUGCCACACAAAAUAUCAACGCCAAUACAAAAAAAACCUUGUAAACUUUGUAUAUUAAAUGUCCUAUUUUGUAGUCCGGUGAUGAAAUAAUAAGCAGUGUGUUGGUUUACUGUUGCUCAGAAUAAUUUAUAUUACAAAUUUCAUGUUUAAUAUAAUUUAUCUUAACCUCUUGCCUUUAAAAGAUACAAAAGGUUUAUGUUGUAUAAAAUAGCUUAAUGUAUAUCUAUUCUUAUAUGUCACAUGUAUUCAAAUCAAGGGUAGGCCUUCAGGCAUGUUUAACUUGUGGUAAAAAAGAUAUUAUAUUAACUCUUAAUGCUGCAAUCCAGAGCUACAGUGCAACGGUGAGUCUGCAUUACUGGGAUCAGAGCUGAAUACAUUUCUGUCCUGUGGAAAAACAGGUGUUUUGAAAGUAUCUCGCCUAUGUUUGUGUAACCAAAAUAGCAGCGGUGCUUUCAAUACUCGAUUGCAGUUUUAAGUUAUCUUUUUAAAUGUGCAUUUUACUUAUUUGGCCUGCAUUGCAAUGCAGUCUUUUGAAAUGUUAUACUGCAAAUUGGUUUUUAUUUUAUGAGAAGUUGCAAUCCAUAAACUGGCAGAUGUUUAUAAAGACAUACAAAUCUAUUAUAUGCCCAUGUUUGCUUGAAACUUCCCAUGCGUUAGCUGCAGCGGUACAGUCUGCUACCUCUGAAAUCUGUAUUCCACAUGCUGAGAGGAUGCUUUUGUGACCAGAAAGUCUCCCUUUAUUUCAUAGACAAUGCAAACAAAAGUUAUUACAAUAUAAUUUUGUUUCUGGUUGCUGGUUCAUUAAUAUUGUAGGAUUCCCUAUGUAUAAUGUUUGCCAUCACAGAACCAUUUCUAACAUUUGUUCUGUCAUAAUAUUUAAGCACACGUGAAUGUAAUUAUAGGGUGAGAUUAUUUGUGUUCCAGUAAUUCGUCAAACUCUCAAGAACACAGAGAUAUAGCAAGAACUUUUGACAUCUUUGUUGCCAAAUGCACAAAAAUAUUGAAAGCCGAUCUUUUGCAAUUGGCCACUUUAAAAAAAAAAAAAAUGUUUUAAGUACAGAGCCAACAACAGUGCGUUUAUUUUGGUCGGUUCCUGGUCAACAUCUUAUCCAUAUCAAUGGCUUAAUGUGCACCACCUCUUUCUAAGGGGAGGAGAGUUACGAUUCUUUGCCCAAAUGAGAAACACGACAUGAUCCAGCGUUAAGCUCGGGGAGGAUUAUUAUUGAAGUUACUGGUGAAUAAGUGCUUUGUUUACAUAAUGAGAUUUUAGAACGUGUAUGACCCUUAGUUGACCCAGGGGAGAUGUGACCUCCGCUUUGCUGCAGCUAAAGCAGGACCUAAUAAAUGAUAUAUCUUGUAUAUUUUCAAUAAGGGUAUUUAACACACAUCAACGCAUUUAGUUUCUAAAAUAGAUGUAUAUCAUAAUGGAAUGAAAUAGGUAUUUUUCUCGGCAGCUAUUACUCUGCACAAUUAAUCUACUGUGUCACAAAUAUAUAGUUGGUGGGAUUCCUGACUUGAAUUGGGCCUGUUGGAUGUAAUACCUUAAUUUACUUGACAUUUCUUUGAAAUAAGCCAUGUCCCAUAGAUAAGCCAUACUCUCCAGUCCCCUAAUGUUGUAUGGUGGAUGUUUAAUGUUGGUGGUUUUAUUUAUAAUGGUAGUUCUGUAGGUAUGAUUGCGCUUGUAAUUAUUAUUAGUGUAAGUACACUUUAUUAAUAUUUGUUUUGUGUGAACUAAGGGAAUGUAUUCAUUUUCAGGUGAUUUUUCUGAGGUAUUUAAAUAAACUAAUAAAUCCCGAAAGGAAA